AUGAGAGUCUCCACCACCUUCGUGGACCUCCCCAGCGAGCUUGCUUUGCCGGUGGCCCACAAAGAAGAGCUCCUGCAAAACCAACCCCUCGUUGGGCUACCGGCACAUCUCGGCUCGGUGGAGAAGCCCACCGACCACGACACUCGCACCAGCAGGACUGGACGAAUCAUCAAGCCGCCAACAGCGUUCACCCCAGCACCGGCUGUCGUCGCCCCCUCCUCCGGGAAGCGCAAGGGUGCCUCUCGGAAGAAGGAGGCGAAUGUCGUCUGUAUACAUUGUAACCGGGGGCAGAGCCCGGCCACCAACGCCAUCGUAUUCUGCGAUGGAUGCAAUGACACAUGGCACCAAAAGUGCCAUGACCCACCAAUUGAUAACCAGGUCAUCCUGGUCAAAGAUAUGGAGUGGUACUGCCGCAAGUGCAAGCCCGUGCCUCGCCCAUCGAUGGCAAACAGCAAGCCUGCCAAAGUCCAGAAGUCGGGCCGAAUCCUCCAUCCCCGGCUGCAGGCAGCACCCCGACUCGAAGUCGGUGGUGACCAGUUUACGGCUGAUGAGAGGCGCGCAUAUCUCUCCAGUCUUUCGCAUGCCCAACUCGUUGAACUGCUCGUGAAUGUCUCUAACAAAAACCCAUCUGUACCAAUGUUCCCUGCCGGCAUGAAGGACAUGCCAGCAUCGCGAUUUACCUUCUUGCUAGCGAGCAACGGCAUCGCAACACCUUCUACUCUAGUGCAGACAUCCACGCCAACCUUGAACAAGAGAUCCUGCGCCGAUGAAGAUCCGUCUGACGCUGAUCUCACCACCAAUCCUCGCAAGAGAUUCCGCACCACCUCUGCCCCGGCGAAGGCGUCUACCAACACCGCUCCACCCAAAGCCAAUGCUGUAGCUAGCACUAAGAUAAAUGCCGCAAUCAAUGGUAUCUCGGCGUUUGUCGAAGCAUCCGCUUCCAUUCAAUCAACCAAUGGGCUUGAGACCCCUUCUACCAACGGGUCAUUGCGCCAGUCCUCAACAUCUUUUGUUUCCCGAGACACAACACCCGAGGAACUGGAUCCCGAUACUGAAGAUGAUGUGUUUGAAGACGCCAUUGAAGAUUAUCGUCUUUACCCGCGCGCUGGCAAUGGUUUCUUACCCUCGCUUGAUGAUCUUGCAAUCCUUGCCGAGAGCCCGAACUCCCACACGUUCAGCCACAGCGUAUACGGCCCUGCAAAAACAACAAACUCAGCCGGUCCUUCUGCUCGUAUAUGGGGAUGGCCACGUCAGAAGUAA